UAAACGGAGUUUGUUCCCCCCGUUCCCCCUGAGCUGACUCAACAGUUGAGUGAGCGUUCGCUGUUUUCAGUAUUUUUCAGUUGUUUUACGUCCCAAUUCCCGUUCGACGAUUCACUACUAAACGCUUCAUUCUAAACUUGCUUUUUCUAAUUUUGUGCCGACCUCUUUUUACUAUCGCAUCUGUCAAGACUUCUACCACAUCGAUUUCUCUUCUGUCGAACUAUAAAUCGGCAGCAAACGAAAUUGUUUUUACUACAAACAAUGCAAAAUCAUGAAGUUCUACGAGAAUCCAGAUUGCAUGCCUUUGGAGGAACUGCAGCUGAAUAUUAAGAAUGACGGGGUGAUUGUUGUGGUAACUGCACUAAAUAUGAAGUGGGCAGAUAAGCGUUAUUUCCUACGUUACAUAGCACCAGAGAUAUAUAAUGAAGAUGGAUCAGAAAUUAUGGGUGCUAAGGAUCAUUGGAUGGAAGUUGUGAGUUACAUAAUUGAAGAUCUGAACUGGUUACUGACUCUUCCAUUUUAUCGAUUCUGGUCCAAUAUUAUAUAUAAUUCGUCAAUUAUGGAUAUGUUAGUUUCUUUUUUACAAGAAGCUCCACCUUUCUAUACUUUGGAAAGUUUUCCUGCUGAACCAAAAAUGCUUGAGGCAUUAGAAAAUCUUCGUUACAACGUACUUAUUGUUUUUGCGCGUCUCUGCACGAACAAGCAGAGUCCAGCAGAAUACAUGAACCGUCCAUUUCUUGGGAAGUUAUUGUAUGAGUAUUACAUAUUUACGAUACCAAUUAUAUUUGAUCUGUGUCAACUGUAUGGUAGAGAAAGUACCAAAGUAGUAGAGAAAAUUGUAGAUAGCAUAUUUAGUCUACAGCCUAUGUACAAUGAUGACCUUCAAAAAUCCUUACCAUGUCUAAUAAAGGCUCUCGAAAAUGUUGAACGAAGAUUUGAGAAUUGUCCAAAUAAUUCUACUGAAGUAGUGGCGCUUUCAGAGAGAGGCGGCUCCAUUGAGAUGACAUUAUAUAAUUUAGAGGAUUUGAUAAUCUAUAUUCUAGAUAUAUCAUCAACUCUUACUAUAUUGUUAAAAGUUCAUCAUCCAGUGAUUGCCAUGUUUCACAAAGAUGACUUCAUAAACAAGAUAGUUUCAAUAUAUGGGAAUACAAUACCUGAAAUGUAUAAAAAAUUAGACAAGUUAGCAUAUAGCGAAGAAAAUAUGCCAAAGUAUAUCGAAUUGAAGCAUCGUCUCGAUGUAACCAGAGUUGAAAUGUUAAGCCUUUAUCGAAUUAUUAUCUAUGAACCCAUAUUACAAAUUCAAGAAAAAAUAAACAUAACAACGGAAAACGAGAUAAGAAAUUGCAUAGAUAAAUAUUUGGAUUCAUUAAUAAGUGCUAUCUCUGAAAAAGAAUUCAUUAUAGACUAUCAUCAGUUUUACCCAGUUGACGUCGAUAUUCAAAUUAUAACUAAACUUUAUCCUGAAAUUGAUACAAUAAAAAGCAACUACAUAUUACAGUCAUUGCAUGCAUCGAUUGGAGAUACCAAGAUGUUAGCUAAUGCAUCACUCAAUUAUACAAAUAUAGCUGUUGCGGGAUGUAGCGGUAUUCAAAGCAACCAACAAAAAGAACAUUCCAGUGAUGUGAAUUAUAUAAACAAUGAGAUAGAUUCUGGUUCAAAAGAUCCUGACAACAUAAUGUCUCUUAUCUCCGAAGUAAAAGAAAUUUUAUGUGACUAUGGUGAAGGUUUUAUUCAGUUUUGUUUAAAGUAUUAUAACUAUAACAUUGAAUCUGUGGUAAAUGCAGUUCUGAACAAUGGAUUACCACAUGAUUUAAAACAAUAUGAUAAGACAUUACCAUAUAUACCACCUGAUCCAAUGGAAACAUCGGCUGUUAUGGAUCUGGCUACUGCAAAUCUAGCCAAUGAUUUUCAAGAGUUGAAUGUUUCCUACAACGAUAAAUUUGAAGUCUCGACAGAGCAAUUUACAGACAUGUCAGAUGUAAGAAAAAAGAAAAAUAAAUACAGAAAUGCAAAUGAAAUGUUAAAUGAUAAAUCUGCAAUUAGAGAAGCGAGGAAAAUCUAUGAAAAAUACAGCAUUGUUACUGAUGAAUACGAUGAUGAAUAUGAUGACACGUAUGACAGUCAUGACAUUCGUGGUAGUGCACAGGAUGAUUCUACAGAGAUAGAUGCAAGGUCUUUCAUUCCAAGGGUAUUUCAGACAUACAAUAAAAAUAAUGCUAGCUCCGAGGAUGAUACAGAGAUAGAAGACGAGAAACCUGUACAAAACAGUGAUCAUUUUGUACAAAAUCCAGCAGAAUUACGUGCUAGAGCUGAACAGCGAAAACAAUCAAGAGAAGACAAGAAUGCACACAAUGUAAACGGAAAAUCCAAAAAUCAUAAGCAAGAUAAAAACGGAUCAGUUUACAAGAGGAAAAAUGUAUACAAGGCUACACAUGGCAAUCAUAAUCGACGAGUAGGUGCAGAGAUAAAAAGAAAACAAGGAAUGAUUCCAUCUUAAAGCAGCACAUUUUCACAGAUCUUAUGAUGUACAUACUGCCAAACAAUAAAUAUAUUUACUUAGCUAUUUAAUCAUUC